GUCCAGCCCCAGGAGCCGGGGACCGUCCGCGUAGCGAGCCGGGGCAGGGGCAAGGGGCAGACGGCAGAGGGCCGGGGCUGCGGCAGAGGGUGAGGGCCCAGGAAGACCAUGCUGCGGGGCGCGCCAGGACUAGGCCUCAGGGCGCGGAAGGGGACCGAAGGCUCUGCAGAGGACUUGGGGCGUCCCUGGCCCGAGCCUGGGGGUGAUUUGGGGAUGCUAGGGGCGAACGGCGCUCCCCGUGGCCAGGGCGAGACAGAAGAGCCGGCUGGCAGGAGGCGCGCGCGGCCGGUGCGGUCCAAGGCGAGACGCAUGGCGGCCAACGUGCGGGAGCGCAAGCGCAUCCUGGACUACAACGAGGCCUUCAACGCGCUGCGCCGGGCACUGCGGCACGACCUGGGCGGCAAGAGGCUCUCCAAGAUCGCCACGCUGCGCAGAGCCAUCCACCGCAUCGCCGCCCUCUCCCGGGUCCUGCGCGCCAGCCCCGCGCCCCGAGAGCCCUGCGGACACCUGGAGUGCCACGGCCCGGCUGCGCGCGGGGACACCGGAGACACAGGCGCCAGCCCCCGGACGCCUGCAGGGCCCAGCCUCGCGUGCCCAGACGCCGCCCACCCCUCGGUGCCGUCUGCGCCCCGCUGUGCCUCGUGCCCCCCGCACGCGCCCCCGGGACGGCCCAGCGCGGUGGCCGACGGGCCGGGCCUAGCCCAGGCCUCCUGGGGAAGCUGGAGCCGCUGUCCCGGGCCUUCCUCUGCCGGGCCGCCUCCCUGGCCGCGGGGCUACCUGCGAGCCGCUCCUGGGAUGGGCCAUCCGCGCUCCUGACCAGCCUCGAGGCACCAGCGGGGCUGGAGGGAGGCCGGGCUGGCAGCUGGACUACAAAAGCCGGGACUGCAAAGGCGUACUGGACAAGAGCAGAACCGGACGGGCUGAGACCUAGCGUGAAGGAGACGCGGCCUCCCUAGAGAGAAGGAGCUCUGGGGCCUGAGGCUGCCCCCCACAUCCCAGCCUGGGCCAGAGAGAAGGAGCUCCAGGGCCUGGGGCUGCGCCCCCGCAUCCCAGCCUGGGGAAGGCAGUUACCAGAAAGGCUCAGGAUCCUGAGCUCAUCUUGGACUCGAACUCGUCUUGGAGCCACCUUCGCACCCCUGCGCCUCCGAGCCCUGUGUGCUCUUGCUGCUUUUAGGAGAGUGAGGGCUUUGGGGCAGCAAGUGUGGGAGCAUGGGAGUGGGGGGGCGUCUGCUGUGGUCUCGUGGGCACAUGAGUGCCGAGUCCCCUUCCCCUGCCUGCGCUGCUGCCCAAGCCUGAUCCGGGAAAGACAGCAGCAGCAGCCAAAUAAAAAGGAAAAACUCAUUUCUGUCCGAUACCACGACUCCAGUGGGUCCAGUGUCCCAGGGUGGCAAGAAGGCCUGAGGACCCGGGGCUCGCCUUGGUACGCUGGGCGGGGCCUAAGGCCCACAGGUCGGCGCCUGGGGAAACUCGUUCAUAGCAAGACCCCAGGUGUGGCUGAGCACUGUGGGGGCCCAAGGAGAGGAAAAAGACAUCCAGAGACCCCCUCCCUGCGUCCCCUGGGGUGGGAGAAGGCAUGAUCAGGAGAGGGGUCACGGGGCCUGGGAGGAUACGGAUGCGGUCAGUCCUGUCUCUGGACCUGCCUGGAGUGAGCCACAGGGAAGGGAGAGUCUGGCCGGGUCUCAGGGAAGGAGGCCGAGGGCAGGGCUGAGGAUUGGGGGCCUGUGAGUCCUGCGUGCACGUACCUCAAGCGACAGGCAGGAAGAACUCCCAGGGAACUGUGGGCCAGGGCCCCCAUGAUGAGGGGCCGACUUGGAACCCAGGAAGGAUUCUGGGGAGGGGAUUGAGUGAGGGCAGAGGGGCCUCAGGUCAAGCCGGCUGAGCGAGUGAGAGGCACAGCCAGCUGCCCCGGGAGUUUUGUCCAGAGAGCUGACCUGCGUCUGAGAUGAGCUGGUGUCUGGCCCGGAUCAGGCUAAGGGUCUGAUGCGGCAGGGGCUGCCUGCUAGGCCAGAGCCCAGAGGUGCUGGGAGAGAGCUGGGCUUUUGCCAACAGGAGAGGGAAGGGUUCCCCACAGCAGAGUGGGGAUCCCACAGAAGCUAGAGAAACGGCAUUAGGCAUAAACCCAGGGAGAGUUUCCCAGAGCAUGUGGGGUGAGGCUCACCACUACAAUUAAAAAUGCCUCUGCUGUCUGCAAACCCCAGCCCUGGCUGGCGCGCUCAGCAUCCUUUCCCCAGUCACAGCCCUUAGGGUUCCCAAUUGCACAGGAAGGCGUGGCACAGACCACGGGAAGGCUUUGACUCUAUGUAGCGGGGACGUGGGGUCUAGCCAGGAGCAGCAACACGUGAGAUGCUGGCCCCAGCCCUGCCCGCCGAGCCCCACAGUGCCACGGGCUGCCAGUGGGAAGGAAAGAGCCAGGCCUGCCCCAGUCCAGCCCCUGCUCAGCCACCUCUCUCAGCCUCUAGUUCCUCCCCUCUGACAUGAAUAAUGAUUCCAGGGUGGCUGUGAGGAUUGUAAGUGGUUCGUAAUGGACCGUUUCUGGCAAACAGAAGGUGUUCAAGGUGUUCAUGAACUGUCACUGUUUACGUACUAUUAGGAUCUGAUGAGAAACCAGCUUGGACGAGGCUGUAGCUGUGUUUCAGCCUCAGGUAUUUAUCAUCUGGAAACAUGAUACGAGGACCAGCAAGUCCUGCUUUCCUAAAUUCCAGGACUGAAAGAAAUAAGGGGACCGGGCAUGGUGGCUCACCCCUGUAAUCCCAGCACUUUGGGAGGCCGAGACGGGUGGAUCUCCUGAGGUCAGGAGUUUGAGACCAGCCUGGCCAACGUGGCGAAACCCCAUCUCUACUAAAAAUAAAAAAAAUAGCUGGGUGUAGUAGCGCACACACCUGUAAUCCCAGCUACUCAGGAGGAUAAGGCAUGAGAAUUGCUUGAGCCCGGGAGACAGAGGUUGCAGUGAGCCUAGAUUGUGCCACUGCACUCCAGCCUGGCCAACAGAGCGAGAC